AUGGCCAACAAACACGCCCACAUUGCCCAGUGGCAGGGUGACUUACUGCCACACAUAGUUGAUAGACUAGCUCACGGAGAUCCUGGGGCAAUAUAUGGAAUUUGGCCGGGGUCAAAUGCUGGUGACUUGCGUUCAGUCACUUAUUCUGAGUUGGCAAAUAUCAUCAAUGGUUUGGCGGCAUGGCUCAUCGAGACCCUUGGAGCACCCAGGAAACGAGGUGAGGUUCUGGCAUUCAUCGGCACAAAUGAUGUCAGGCUUACGGCACUGGUGUUGGCCGCUGUAAAGACAGGCUAUGUGUUGUUUCUCACAUCACCACGGAACAGCCUGGAUGCUCAAAAGUCACUCUUCAACAGCCUGGGCUGUCAGAAUCUCAUAACCACAACUCCUACGCCACCAGCGGUGCCGACUCUUUUGGAAGGUGCUGAACUGCGACAGCUGGAGGUGCCCAGUCUUGAUGAACUUACUGAAAAGACAUUUCCGAACUAUGUGUACACAAGAUCACUCAAAGACGCGAGUGAGGAUCCUUUCUUCGUCAUCCACACCUCCGGCUCAACUGGCAUACCCAAACCAAUUAUCUGGACUCAAGAGACUGCUGCUCGGCAUCUUCAUUGCUCUGGCUGGCCGCCGCCAACUGGUUUCACAUCCAUCGACAGUUUCUGCCAUGGCAAGCGAAUACUCUCGACUCUGCCUUCGUUUCAUGGUGCCGGUCUUUUGCAGUAUUUGCUUGCUGCCAUUCCUUUUGGCAAUGUCGUGAUUACGCCUACUGCAACUGGCAUAGUUACAGCUCAAGGCUUGGUAGAUACACUUAAGCGCGUUCCUGCCGAUGUUGCUAUCCUGGUUCCAUCCGUAGUGGCAGAACUAGCUCAACAUCCAGAUCUUCUUGAUUUCUGUGCAAAGCAUCUUGAGCUGAUCAUAUACAUUGGCGGUGAUCUACCACAGUCUAUCGGUGAUAAGGUCGCCGCAAAGCUACACCUGCGAUGCCAAUGGGGUGCAUCUGAAGUUGGUAUUCCUCAACAGCUGAUGCCAGCUGGGCUCUCUCAGGCUUCAGACUGGCGUUAUGUCCAGUUUCAUCCAAGCAGCGGUGCCGACUUCGAUGAGGUAUCUGAUGGUACCUACGAACUGGUCAUCCGGCGCGAUGAAUCAUUAGCCAAGUCGCAGCCUGCUUUCAGCAUUGUCGGCCAGGAACAUCUUGAAAAGGAAUAUCGCACACGGGAUCUAUUUGAGAACCAUCCAACAGUACCAGACGCCUGGUGUUGGCGAGCCAGGGCCGACGAUAUCAUCGUCUUCUUGAAUGGGGAAAAGACGAAUCCGGUGUCUAUGGAGCAACACGUCGUGUCUCGAAAUCCUGAACUCAGCGGCGCCAUUGUCGUUGGCGCACAAAGAUUCCAGGCGGCUCUCCUCAUAGAACCAUCCCCUAAUUUUGGCAUGGAUUUAGCUACAACUGCGGGACAGGCUGCUUUAGUUGAGCGUGUAUGGCCGAGUGUUGAGGAGGCUAAUCGCUCCGCACCUGCUCAUGCUCGAAUUGAAAAGUCGAUGAUUCUUGUAGUAUCACCAGACAAGCCGUUUAUUCGAGCUGGGAAAGGAACAAUUCAACGUUCAUCUAGUAUCAAGCAGUACUCGGAUGAGGUUGAGCGGUUGUACAACAAUGUGGACGACGACGCUCUGGAAGAUGAUUUGAGCAAUAUCGACGUAGAGACCACCAGCCAGACUUCAGUUGUCAUGUUCAUUCAACGUGUGGUUUGCACGGUAACUGGGUGGCCAAACGUUGCAGAGUCUGCGAAUUUCUUCGAACUCGGUAUGGACUCCCUGCAGGCGCUUCAACUUACUCGUAAGGUGCAACGAGGAUUUCGCCGCGGUGACUUGGGUUUGUCCACAAUCUACCGAUAUCCUUCUGUUGCUGCACUCUCCGCGGGCAUAUUCACCGUACGAGCUUCCGAAGCAGGACCUGGACAAGACAGAGAUAUAAUGCAACAACUCUUACAUACCUAUGGCGACGUGGUUCGUCAGAUUACAAAAAGCAAAAGAGCGUGCCACGGAACUAUUCAAUUUCCUGUUGACAUCAUAUUGACCGGCUCUACCGGUUCUGUCGGCACGUUUCUCUUAAAUACGCUAAUGACAGACCAGAGAGUAGGGCAUGUAUUCUGUCUUAACCGCGGGUCGGACGGAGGCUAUGCAGCACAAAUUAACAAGUUCUCCGCCGCUGGACUAGAAUACCAAGUCUUAAAUGACUCAAAUCGUGUUACAUUUCUGAAAGCCGACCUGAACAAGCCUGACCUUGGACUGGAUGAAACAAAUUAUCAAUCACUGGCUGUUCGAGUGAGCCUUAUCAUCCACAACGGUUGGCCUGUCAACUUUAACUUAGCCCUACCAGCUUUCAGGCCGCAGCUCACAGGUUUAGUUAACCUAUUCAGGUUAUCUGCAGAUUCCACAGUGAAUAAUACGCUACGGUUCGUUUUCAUCUCCUCUAUUAGCGCUAUAGGCAAUCUGGACUCCCAAAACGGUGCGGCGCCAGAGGAGAUUCUGGAGUCCAUCGACACACCAUAUGCAAAUGGCUAUGCACAAAGCAAGUACCUGGGUGAGAGGCUCUGUAAUAUCGGAUCUAAGGAGCUAGGCAUCCCAGUUCAAGUUGCAAGAGUAGGUCAAGUCGCAGGGGCUGUACAUCACCAAGGCGUGUGGAAUACCGCCGAAUGGCUACCGAGCCUUGUCACAAGUUCCAUAUACCUCGGGUAUUUGCCAAACAGUUUGGGGUCCCAGUUUUCCAACAUAGAUUGGGUUCCUUCCGAUCUCCUGUCAGAAGUCUUAACGGAUAUCGCACUUGGUAAUCACAUUUCGAACAAUACACCGAACAUUUCAACCGCGGAUGUAUUCAACAUACGAAAUCCGCAAACAAUCAAGUGGGAUGACCUGGUACCAGCGGUCCUUGACUCUGCAAAGGCCUAUCUGGGAAAAGAACUUGAUGUCGUGAUACCUUCUGUUUGGUUGGAUCGCUUGAAGAAUAGCAUGGAUGAUGUAGCCGAGGCUAAUAGUCUCGAGAUGCAAAACGCGGCCCGUUUAAACCCUGCUGUAAGACUCUUCGACUUUUAUCGAGAUAGUUUAUGGGCGGAUGAUUCAACAGCACAUUUGAUGUCGAUUGACCGAGCAAGUGAAGUCAGUCCAUCGUUGCGGGGAAUGCCUGCUGUAAACAAAGACUGGGUUCAUAAAUGGAUGGAGGAGUGGAUUUUGGCAAUAAAAUGA